AAUGAACGUCAAAAAUGUAUAUGAGGUGCCUUUUAAUUGUUGUCUGCUACACGAUUUUGUAUUGAACAAAUUGAUUAAAAAACACAUUUUUAUAUAUGAAGCGCAUACAUUUUGACUGUUGAAAAUGCUCAUAUUUCGAGUUUAUGUUAUUUUGACAACUGGCUUAGCGAGCUAGGCUGCGACUGGUGCGGAUACAACUUUAAAGAAAAGUUGAUGUUUUGAGGUUAUAUCAUCGUGUUUUUGUAACACGGUACGAUUGUGAGUCACAGAUAAGAAAAUUUGCUGUCAUCUGGAAAGUCUAAACAUAUCGUGGUCUUUUGAAAUUGUACCGAAGUUUGCAUAAAGCAUGUAUAGCGAGCCAAAGCUUCAGCUACAAUGUUCAAUUUGGAAUCAUACAUAACACCUGUUAUACUCAGCUAUGUUGAGAAAUAUGUUAAAAACUUCAAACCGGAACAGUCACAGGUUUCUUUGUGGGGUGGCGAUGCCUCAUUUCAAAACUUAGACUUGCGGUUGGAAGUUUUAGAAGAACAGCUAAAUUUGCCAUUCAGCUUUGUCAGUGGACAUAUUCAUGAGCUGCUCAUUCAUGUUCCUUGGGUAAAAAUAACCUCAGAACCAAUCGUAGUGACCAUCAAUACCAUAGAGUGCAUUCUAAAGCUCAAGGAUGAAAACCAGGCAGAAGCCAGUACACGCAAACCAGCGAAGAAGAAAAAGGAAGAAAAAGAGGAAGAAGCUCCUCCCGGAUAUAUAAAGAGUAUGGUGACAAAGGUUGUUAACAAUAUAACGAUCAAUUGUAACAACUUGAUACUGAAAUAUGUCGAAGAAGAUAUAGUUUUGAGUGUGAACAUCAGAUUCCUCAGCAUGCAGACUGUUAAUAACAAAUGGGAACCAGCAUUCACGGGUAAUCAGUCUAAAAAGAUUGACGAUGUCAGCAGUUAUGAAGUUCUUCUUAGGAAGGUCAUAACAAUACAAGAUCUAACUUUGUGCUUAGAUAAAAUGGAUGCGUCGGGUAAAAUAGAAGUUUAUCAGGAUCCUGUUUUGUAUCGGUGCUCGAUGAUCAUACGGCUUAUAGUAAACUAUCAUAGUAAUACAGCAAAACGUGCUUCUGUAACGAGACUCGACCUCCACUGUGAAAAAAUGGAAUUCAGUAUGACGGAGCAACAGAUUCCCAUGCUGCUCCGAUUGAUAGCAUUGGUAAUCGCUUUACAAAGUAAAAUGUUGCCAUCAAAUAAAGAAAGAUCGUUGAUAUCUAUGGAAGAUGGUAUAGAAAACGAGCAUGAAGAUGAUUCAGAAUCGGAAACUGCAUCGCAUCAGGAGGGCAGAAGCUGGGCUGGUUGGGCUUGGAACAUGGUUCCAUCAGUUUUGCCAGUUCAUUGGGAUAAUGAUUGGUCCAGUGAACAGCUGAUGGCAUAUACUGGUCACACGAUACACAUGGGCUUCUAUGUUAACGAUGCAACUGUAACUUUCAAGACAACGGACAGCGUUAAGGAGCAGCUGUUUUACAAACCGCGCAAAAUUAGGUACACGUCGUUUAUGUCGCUGAAGUUGAACGGAGUUGUGAUAGAUGUAUUGCAUCAAGAUAUGACGUGGACUAGUAUGCAGGCCGGACUGGGUAGUAUACAUCUUUUCCCUAGAGGGUCGUGCAGUUGUGGUCACCCAGAAGUUAUAGACGGAGCACAGCCGCCUCUGUAUGUUACUGCUGGAAAAGUUGGCAAUAACCAUUUGAAGGAUUCUUUAUUCGACGCAGAAGCCGUAGAGAAUAAAGAGAAAAAAAGAGUUUACAAGCGUGACAUCGACUAUCAUCUUGCAACUGUUACUGUGGAAAGUUUAUUAGAACGGUGUCCAGCCUUCGUAAUGGAUUAUGUGUACCUAAUCGAUUUACCCGAUGACAUAACGCCGGAGAAAGUAUCUGAAUUCAAUUCGAACUUUGAAUACAGCAAUUUCCAUGAGCACAGAGUAGUGCGAUACGUAGUUGGUGAUGUAACAGUGCGGAUGUGCUCAGGGCUAUUUCAUCGUCUAGAAUCAAUCAAACAAGCAGCGAUGAAGUAUGAUUACGAACCUUACAUAGUUCCGAAACCUGAGCCGACCAUCGACGAGUUGCCUCCAGUUACAGUUGAAGAGUACGAUGCUCUGAGGGAAAAUAUAUCAAGGGUUGAAAUAAAGCUGAUUUUAAUCAGUGGUUGUGUUGAAUUGCAAUUAGCUGAGCACCAAAUCACUGGCCUACCCCGGAAAAGAAAACUUGUGGAAAAAAAGACGGCGCCACUGACUCCUGCACUAUCCGACGAUCCGGUCUUGAGUAUAGAAUGGGAUAAAUUAUUGAUAGACAUAGAUCAGCCAAUGUAUCCACACCGUUUGGUGGCAUGUGCAUGCAAACAAACUGACUUGCCUCCAGAUAUGUUGAACUCUUGCCACAGGGUUAUACACGGGGUGGUACAUGGUGUCAAGUGUCAGCUUUGUUUGACCAGAAAAAGUCGGACAACGUUAGUUAUGCCUUUCACAAUUCAGUAUUCGAUGAAAAUGCUGUUGUAUCCGCAAUACUGGCUCAGCCUGGACAUGGAACACGUUUUUCACUAUUUUCAAAUCGAUGGUAUCACAGUCACCGGUACAAAGGUGAAGCUUAUGGUCGCAACGUCAAUUGUAUCAUCUUUGAUAAAUCCCGAAAAUACGCUUAACCCCUUGAUAUGCUCAUCACUUUUCAACGAUGCUUGUCAAGAAAAAGAUCCUGUGUAUCUCGAAUUAUGCUUGGAAGGCAUAAGUGGAAAGAGUAUAUCAUCCAAUGCAACAAUUUCCAACGUUCUCGAUAUAUCUUCCGCCAAAGUAUUUCUACUCAAUGAUUUCCAACAAGCCUUUGUUGUUUCUGGCCCUGAAAGUGAUCAUUCCAGCGACGCAGAUUCAAAACCAUUAUUAAAAGCUGUGGUACAGUUUUCAAAAGACCCAAGAAAGCAGUUUCAUCCACCAAUUCUGUCAUUCCAAGUAUCAGAGAUUAGAGGCUCGUUGGAUCCUUUAUUUGCACAGUGGCUGCAGUAUCAUCCAGUUUACUAUAAAUUGGAUCAAGUUGACAUACCUCAGUCUGAAGCUAGCAUCCAGCCACAAAUGCCUGACGAAACAUCGCCGGAUACAUCUGUACGCAAGAAAAAUUUUCCAGGCAUAAGUCAGAGUGUUCAUAGCUCCUCGGAUCAAGAGAAACGUAAAUCUGGGAUGACUUUGGAUGAAUUUAAUCCUGUCUCAAAAGCUGAUGACCUGCCAAAGUCGGAGCACAAAGCCGAAGCUUUAUCGUCGCACUCUAACUUACAGAAAAUGGGGGUAUUGGACAGGAUAGUCGAUUGGUAUCCGGAAUGGUGUGGACUUGUGUUAAGUGGCUGUAUAGGGCAUAUUGUUGUUUAUAUCCCAACCACAACGAUGAGUUGCAUUGGCGUCCAUGGUAUUGAACAAGCAAAAGACCAAGCAUUGAAAGAAGAUCCAAAUCUGCAAAUUCUAGUCAUAAAAACACCCUCUCUCUACCUUAAUUCAGUGAAUAUGCAGGUCGAAAUUUUAUCACUUUAUAUCAAAGACUUACCUGUGAAAUUACCAAGAACAAUGUGGAGCCCUGAAACCCAAAGUUUUCCAUGGACAGUAAAUGUGAAUGAUUUUCAUUGCUACACACUUCAAAGAGAAACACAGAAGAAUUUUAUCAAAAAAGUUUCUCUAAAUGCCACGGUCGGAUUAACUGCCAAAACUUCAUCAGAAGCUUCUGCAACAUCGGGCAACAAAUUGACAGCUCUAAGCUUGUGCGUUCAUGUCGACACAACACCCAUUACCAUUUCCAUCUCGGAGGAACAGGUAUUAUUCAUGAGUAGCAUUGCAGUAAAUGUACUCAAUGUUAUGCGAAAUAUACGCCCGAGAAGGACUGCCAAGAUUAUCGUAGACACUCCAGUUGAAGUACAAACCGUUCUUCCUACAUUGGCGCAGUCGAGUCCAAAUCAAACAUUAUUCCGAGAAGAUAGCACCGUUACCUCAACAGUAUCGACUACCAAAGAGGAACCUGAACAGAAUGCAGACGGUCUAACUUUAACGGCUUGGGUUCAAUGGACGAUCAACAAGUUGGCAGUAAAAUUAUAUAUAAUGGGACAGCCAGAAAUUUCUUCGUUAAAACUAGUACUGGAAUUGGAAGAUAUUAUCACCUCCUUAGAUCUACAGCCUGUUUAUCUCAAACUGAAAACUAAGAUUACGACGGCUACGAUUUUUAAUUAUAUCAAAACACCAAACGCUCAAAUUUGGGAUCUUGGAGAAUAUGGCGGCUUGGUAAUGUGUGGAAAGGAGGAUAAUUUGGAAAAGGGAGAAGACUCCGGCUUUCUGAGCUUAACUCUUACCAGAGCAAAAUGUGGCAAUGUACACACUCGUUGGGUCGCACAUAAGCGUCAUAAAAUGCAACGGAUCGUAUCAAAAUCAGACUCAAGCCAACUCACGAGCAGCUAUAUAAGCGAAGUAGUAAUCAAAAUGCAAAUGCUGGACAUAGUUUUACCCUUAAGUAUUAUCGGCAAGUAUACGCAGCUGAUUGAACCUUUCAUGAGAUUGACUGGAUGUUCUAGCAAUGAUAUUGUUGAUAAUUCGCAAGAAAAGAUAGCUGCUUCAUCAUUGAGCAGUUUCACGAAUUUGAGAAACGAUUCGUUACCGCUCGUUUAUCUUGAAUUCAAAGGCUGUAGGCUGAUGUUGCCUGCUUCUACCAUGGCUAAAUAUGGGCUACUUCACGACUUACUAAUUAUACAGUUAGACGGCAUCAGUAUUACUCCACAUGCGGAAAAUCCAAUCUGUAGAAUACCUAUUCGAUCAGAUAUAUAUCAACUGGCAGCCCAAGCAAAUAUGUUGCGCAUACCUGGAUCAGCUGUGGAAGAUCGACAAUAUCAAAUCAAUGUGAAAGGUGUAUGCGCCGACACAACGACUUGGAAAAAUUAUCAACUCAGUACGACGAAGAGAACCUCGCAGUCGUAUUUAUACACUAUGAAUGAGAAUCCAGCGCUAGAAUGGAACAAAUUGAGCAGUGGAAGUAGCCUAGAGCCCAGCCUCUGCACAUUUCCGAUAAUUACUAGGUUCGAUCUCUGCCUGAUCAUAGCGCCAGCAACAAUAUUUAAACCUGAAACUAUUGUGUGCGGUAAUGCGGUGGAAAUAAAUUGUUUGACGGAUAUCGAUGUGACGAUAAAUUUGAAUCAAAUCAAACUUAUUUCCACGCUCACCAAUGAGUUUGAAACAUUUGUCGUUGGCAUAACUAAGGAUAAUGAUGACUCUCGGCUUUUGACCAAAUUACCGACUGUCAAGCAGCCUUGGUGUGCGCCAAUAUUGGAAGAAGCAGAUAUAGAUUUUGCUAGAGACAGUGGCGUCGAUUUUGAAAUGUCCAGUAUGAACUCUACUAUAAUUGGUAAAUCAACGCGACGUGGUGCUGCUUUACUAUCACCAUUUGAGUUUCUGGUUAAUUGUGGCAAAAUCACAUUUGUUCUUUAUGAAACCAAGGAAGCAUCUGCCGAUUCCGAAUAUCACACGGAUCCAAAUGAAAUAGGUGAUGAUAACAUUGAUGUAAAACAACCAUUGCUUUACGUCAUGAUUGAUCAGCCCAAUAUUUAUAUCUCUCAACACAAUCUAACGCAGAAAUUACAAGUAACAUGCUUCGACAUAGCAGCAUCACUUGGAAGCGAGGAAAAGAAACAAUCAGCGUCAGUGCCUACACGAACAGACUUUGAUGUUUGUUUAAUCGAGACGAGAAGCGGUGACCCGCACAAUGACACUGGAAUACCACCAUCUUUUUUAACAAUAAAGUGCCAUUGGCAUCCAACAAAAAAUCCACAUUACUGUGUCAACUUGGGACGACCGACAAAGAUUCAUUGUUCUCUGUCCAGGCUGAAUUUCAUCGAAUCAAUAAAAAAUAAUCUGAUGGCGUGUUAUUUGGAUGAAAAUAGCGCUAAACAACCAACAUAUUGUCCGAAGGGUUUGAAUCUUCCUGCCGAACAAUCGUCCUCUAGAAUGAUACACAAUAAGUACAACAUUCCAGAUCUGAACGUAUCUACAAAACAAUUGGUAAUGUCGUUGAAAACUGAUUCUGGGUCAGAAAUCGUUGCCAGCAUAGCUGCACUCACUGGAAAUACGUCGACGGCAAUCAGACCUGAGAGAAUUUACAAAAAUGUGUCUUUGGAUUCGUUGAUAAUUUCGGUUGUACUGGAUGGCAAUAUGAAAGUCCUGUUAAACCCGUGGUGUUGUAAUAUCACAAUUUAUCUCCUUUGGGAAACGUGGCAGGAUAUCGACACUCUUCCGCAAAUACAAGUUCAAGCAGAGAGUGAAAGUCUUUACCUAGACGUCGGACCUGAGCAGAUAAAAAUAAUAUCUACCGUGAUGCAAGAGUGCCAAAUUAUCGCGAAUUUAAUCAGUUCGUCAUUGUCGUCAGAACAGGAGCAAGAUGACGGUGAAGAAAAAACUGAGAAAAAAUUCAUGGCUUCAUACUCCGAGCAACAUUACAAAGACGAUUUAAAAGCUGGUGCAUUUCAGUUCAUCGAUGGUAACGGAGAUGAACUCCCUUUUCCUUAUCAAGUGGUAUUUUUGACUUGUCCGCAACAGGCAAUGGCAUGGCGAUAUCCGCAACCAAGAGCAUUGACAAAAUUACAUGUUUCUCCAGUACCAUUCAAGACGUCAGUACUCGAGGAAGAAUGCGAGGAGCGAGUACCAUGUAGCAUAGAAUACUGGAGUGAGAGUCACUCGGCAUAUCAGCAUUAUGCAGACUUUUACCUCUCUGAGACGGACAGUUACCGAUUGGAUUUUCCCAAUAAAACGCCAGCCCGGGCAGUGGCCUGCAUUUGGCGGGUAGUUCUGAACCAACCGAACUGUCAAACCUAUGCAAAGACACUUGUCUCAGCUCGUGCUCUUGCUGCGUGUCUGAGAAUCGAUUCGUACUUCAACCCUACGAUAGUGCCAAACCUGCAAGCUGCAUUGAACAUUGGUGCCAUUCACGUUGCUUUUUAUAACAACGUCGACUCGUGCAGUUACGACAUACUGCCGCCACCGCUAAAUAAUUAUACUCUGGAUGUCACGAUUCCAGAAACGCAGUGCUACCUCAUCUGUGAACACAGAAAGGCCAUUGUCGUGCUUAACAGAUGGGCAGACGGAGUGCUGAUGUUCGAUAUAGGCGGCGUUCUCAGCAUUCGAGUACUUGAUUACGGACUAUUGAAUAUGCACGAAGUGCUUGACCCGUUGGAAGGGAAAGUUCAGUUAUCCAUUGCCGACACUGUCGAGCUUUCGGUCAUUUGCAAUCCAUUCUCAUUGAAAUUCAGUCCUGCAAUUAGCCACACUUUAGCAGUUUCUGCGCAUCUGUGGGCAAUGGCUUUUGAUGGUGAAAUUAAAAACGUCGUUGUGCUGUCGAGAUACGUUGUUGCAAAUGACAGCAAUAUUUCAAUUAGAUUUGGUCAGAGUGGGACGAACGACAAUAUCAUACUCCAAACUAGACAGUGUCACUUUUAUUCUUGGCGCCACGUCAACAAUCAGACACUGCGCAUUGCUGUCGAACAUAGCGGAUGGACCUGGAGCCAGCCUUUCUCUGUUCACAGGAAUGGAAUACAGAUGAUUGAUUUUGGCAUUAAUGGAUCCAGGAACAUUGCGAUUUUUGUAAACGUUACGUCGCUAUCCGCGACACAGAAAUUGAUCACUUUCUCCGGACAGCUUAUAAUCACAAACCAAAUGGUAGACAAUUUCGAAAUGAAACUAGUCAAGUAUGAGGUGACUACAGAAACGACAAUAGUUCCUUCGAGAGAGAUACACAUUAUCAAAGGGAAAAGUCAACCAUCCUCGAUUGUAUUGGAAAACGGGAAAUACAUGGCUAUGCGAUUGCGGUUUUCAAGUUUGACUAAUUUAUCAUGGACGGGUGACAUUCCGCUUCAGCCUAAUACAAAGUGUAGUCAGCCGUGGCUCGUCAAAGUACCUUUGCAAGAGCGUGGACAAUUUCUCAGCAUCUGGGUGAGAAUAGUUGUACAAUCUAUUCACGGUCGGACCAAAGUGCUUGCUGUAAUAAGUCCACUUUAUAUGAUUCGUUCCUACUUGCCUGUGCCAGUAAAUGUACAGAUGGAAACUCCUUCGUUGAAAGUUUCAUUAUCCGCUAGUGUCAACGGCAGAGGAGAAAGACAGCAAUUGUACUGUCCUGGAACUUUUGAACAUUUCCAUCAAUUAACCUUUCAACUCGAAUCCGGAAUAUCUGCGUCAAAUCCUUACGUACCGCUGUCGUACAGCUCGGUGUAUCAGAGGAAAUUUUUUAAAAGGCCGGACAGUGAGGAUGUUGAAGUAAUUUUGAAAGAGUUACAAAUGCAGAAGGAUGAAAUCCAGUGGCCCUUCCAAGGCGACGACAUGCUCGAAUGGGUAUCGACAGAACAGCCUCAAACACAUGUCCAAGUAAAAUAUCAGGAAGCUGGACUAGUUUCUAGCACACUCUUGCUGGAACUACAGCCAUGGUGUUUUAUACUCAACUCUUUAGGAUGUCAUCUGUCCCUUGUGUCUGAGGAUAUAGAACUUUGUCAAGUUCCGCAUUAUGGGAUCGUCACUCCGCCGAAACUAGAUGGAACAUUUCACUUCGGCGUUGGGCUCGGUGACACUUACUACACAUCUCCAGCACUUCAACUGGCUCGUCCUGAUUGGAGUCAAAGCUUUUACAUGCCUCGGGUCGGAGGUCUCAUUCCAGUUGAGGGUAACAUGAAAACGGCUGUUGACUGUGGCAAUAGUUUGUGUAUGGUCAGCGUGAACUCGAGUAUGCACGACGACAUGAGAUUAGUGCGUGUUUCGAGCAGUCAUGUAAUUGCGAAUCUAACACCUCAAGAAAUGUGCGUUGCAACCCUCGCUGUGAACGACGCAUUAUCCAAUCUGCAAAUACCAGCUGAUCUUACUCCGUACAGCUUAAACAUUCUCGCAUCCGAGGAUCAGAAGUAUGCUACUCCGAUAGUACAAUGGCACUUGUUGCCUGAUCAACAAUUCGUUGAGCCAAUGGCAUUGUACGUAUCCUUAAGUUUGGGCCACCGAUGGUCUUGCCCGAUACGAGUCGAUCAAGGCAUGAGUCGUCGAUGCCUUGCUAUUCCGAAUGGAUCUGCAACUAUGCCAAUAGUGGUUACUACUCAAGAAGAUAAGGGUACCACGUACAUUACCAUUCAUGUCGAUAAGCAUCCUCAACUGCUGAUAAGUAAUGGGUGCAAUUUCAAAAUUCUUCUUGGCCAGUCAAACGCGGAUUUAACUGGAAUAUUGGCUGAAAUACCCCAUUUUUCCUGGAUUUGUGAAAUUGAAAGUGGCGGUUCCUGCCACUACUCACUACCAGCUAUCGGCAGUCGAUUGCCAGAUUCGCCAGCUUUGAGCACCACACCAUUGUUACUUUUGAGCGCUGUGGCAAAUAGCAGUAGCGAGAUUUCUGAACAGACACUGAAAUGGUCUCGAGGAGUAAGUCUCUCGGCAAUGGCAUCUGUUCCAUCUGAUCAAUAUGUCAGGCUUCCGCACCACGGAGAUGUGAAACUAAUAAUGUACACUCGGUGCUACACAACAUACAUUAACAUUCUUCCAAUAUCACAGGUGGAGAUAUCAGCUAGAGAUAUAAGAAGUAGAUUAUUUCACAAUGAAAAUAGAGAAAAUUAUAUGGAGAUCAUUUCUAAGCAACAACUCGCCAAUAUCUCAGAUGAAAGUAUGACGCCUUUGAUCAAUCAAAGUUCACCUAGUUCGACAUCGGUAACAAGCUUUUACUCUGCUCAUGAAGAAAUCCCGGGAACAGUUCCGACCACAUCUUCGCAACGUAAUAUAAAACAGUUAACAUCCAAAUCGAGACAGAUUACGAAAACCCAUCCAUCUCAUGAUAAAUGUAAAACGAUUUUAGAAUCUAGAGAGAUGCAGAAGCGUGACAGAUCUAUUACUGUUUACCUUCGUGGUGUAACACUUACCAUAACCCAGGAUAUUAAUGAAAAUGCGCAAACCAUUGAAGUGGCUAGUCUGACCAUAAGUGAUUUAUUCAUCACAAUGGAACCGAAUCAAAACAUUUUAUCCACAUGGAUUUGCAUCGGAGAUCUGCAGCUGGACAAUCAAAUGUUCGACCAGGGUGGCUUCGAUUUUCCAGUUGUACUAAUAGGCCAAAAUCCAAUUUCGAGAAAGGAUCUCACUUUCUCUUUAAACAGCCAUUUGAGUAACGUGUUUGCACAGUUACAGAAAAAUUCUUUGUUAACUGUCAACAUUAUGUAUGAAAAUGAGGGGUACAUAUCAGGUGUGAAGGAUGUUCGAAUUACGUUGGCACCAGUCAGUGCUUACAUUGAGGAUACAUACAUAACACAGCUUUUGGACUACGCAACAUCGUUGGUACCGCCAUGUUUUGUGAUGCCACCUGAUAAUGUUAGAAAGUUACAGGCCAUGCCGAUGUCGUCUAGCGUUUACGUGCCAGACUACAUAAUGAUGGAUGCAAAAAUCUUGAGCUCGCCUCUCAGGCUACAAAAUCUGAUUAUAGAUCCUGUCUCCAUUCUUCUUAGCGUUCAUACAUCAGUACGACUGUAUUUAGCACUCGACCAUUCUCCGUUGUACUUCGGAACGUUUGACAGAAAAAAUUUGCUCACCACUCCUUACAGACUAGGAAAUGCAUUGACAAUGCAUUAUUUGUCUGGAGCUAUAUUCGGUGCUGGUUGGGUCGUUGGGUCUCUUGAAAUCCUUGGAUCGCCUGGUGGACUUGCACAGGCUUUGGGUUGUGGUCUCAGAGAUUUUGUAUCAUUGCCGUUUCAAGGCCUCUUACAUGGACCUUGGGGAUUUCUUGUUGGUGUCACGCACGGAUCUGCUAGCCUCAUGAAACAUGUCACUGCAGGUACAGUGAAUUCUGUUACCAAAUUGGCAUCAAGUGUAGCCAGAAAUUUGGACAGAUUGACCCUCGAUGUAGAGCACCUUCAACGUCAAGAGGAAUCUCGCAGAAUGCGUCCACAAGGCAUGGCCCAAGGCCUUUAUCAAGGCCUGACAGGCUUUGGGAUGAGCCUACUCGCUGCCGUCGCAGGGUUAGCUCAUCAUCCUCUACAGCAAGUGUGGUCAGGAGGAGCAACUACUAGAGGCCUUGUGACCGGAGUUGGUCUUGGAUUAGUAGGUGUAGUGACGAAGCCAUUAAGUGGUGCCGCGGAGCUUGUGGCUCUAACAGGUCAAGGAUUACUGCAAGGAGCCGGAUGGAACUCCCUGCCCUCUCCACGGCAGAGACCGGUUGUGCAAUACUCAAGCGGCGCCAACAAUGCUCCACUAAGAUACGCAUGGCGUCUUAUGCCACUCCUGGUAGCAAGUCACGACAAUAUUUUGCACACGAUAAAUGCUGAUCACGUCAUUCAUCAAGGUAGUAAUCAGGCGGUGACUUUGGUAUUGACAAGGAAUGCUCUGCUGGUAGUCAAUGUCGCCGAAGACACUACGGAAAAAGUAUUCACCCUCAACGAACUGACCAGCAUGGAUCAUCCUUCGGACACAACAAUGCUUUGCCUGCAUUGCCCUCCUACAGUUACACAGUCUGCAGCUCCUUCAUCGCCACGAGAAUACCGUGAGAUGGAUCAGGAAAUGAGAGCAAGAGUCGAGGAGUUUGUUCGAACCAGUAGCACUGGUUUAGCCAGUUUGCCUACGGACAGUGACGCGCAAUCGGAUAGUUCUGAACCCAUAAUACCUGUUGCUGAUAACACCAUUACAUUCUACGUUUCGCCUGAAUCACGAAACUAUUUUCUUUCUUUGUUGAAUGUCACCAAAAGACAAAGCCAGGGAAAAGGAUUUCAGGUCUUAUAGGGGACAUUUGAUUGGAUAAUUGAAGUAUUUCUGGAAAAUAUAUCUUCGGAUAUCGAUUUAAUAGCUGUUUGCAAAGCCUGUGGUAACAAGAGUUACAUUAUACAUAUGUAAUUUAAAAAGCAUUGUUUGGAAUGUAAAUUUUGUAAAUUUUGGUCGGAAUAUUUGACCAGAGAUUGUUGUAAUAUAUCGUACGAAAAAUAUGGCCGUUUGGCACAAGAAUUUAUUAAGCUCAAAUAACUGUAUACUUUACGUUUUUCAUCAUUCCGAAACUAAAAUUACUAUGUAAGUCGAAAAUGAUUUAUUGUCAGCAAUCGUGGUGGUUGAAUAAAAGAAAUAAGAAAUCAUCAUUUCCUCAUUUCAAAAACAAUAUUUUUACUCGGAAUAGUGUUUUAAACUAAAUUAAACAGUUAUUGUAGAGAGAAUCGAUUGCUAGUCGAAUGAUUUUCUGUGAUACAGACUUCAAUCAUUUUACACUUAUUAGUUUCUUAGUCACUAAUAACAUCAAAUAAUUGUAUAGAUAAAUGAACAGUUCAUUCAUUUGGAUUUGCCAGAAGAAAGUUGCAUUUAUAAAACAAAUCGCUUUUAAUUUGAUUGCAACAGGUCAGUUGAAACGACUAAUUGAUUUAAAACGUAUUAGGGUUCAUUCUACAAUUACAUGCUAUUUCUGAAUUACUGUGCAGAAGUUUCAUGGUGAUGGGUAAAAUUCAUAUGGCAUAAAAAGUCUUGGGCUUACUUUUUACGUCUGGAACAAGAGACGAGAUUGAAGUUAGUAACUUUGAGAUAAUUAAACAUGGGAAAUAAAAUGCUAUUUAUAACUUUAAAAUAACUUUGAAGCAGUAUUGAGCACAUCUGAAUUACAAUUUAUAUAUAAUUACAUUUCUAUUGCGUUUUAAUUACAAAUUACGUGUGUGAUUCGUAAUUAGAAAAAAAUUUAUAAAAAUUAUAUUUAGAUUUUGUAAUCAGGCCGAAAUAAAAUACAAAUUACAUUAAUAUUGCAUAUAUAAUUUGUAAUUAACUACAAUUUUCCCAUCACUGCUUUCGAAUAGGCGAGUUUGUAAAAUAAGAGUAUAUUUUACUUUAUUAUACGAUUUACUGAAUAGACAAUCACAAAGUUGCGAAAUACCGA